AUGGCUUGCAAUUCUACAAUUUUCCUCUUUCUUGUGGCCGUGUUUCUGGGUCUCCUUGCGUUUGCGAGUGGAGAUGCAGCACUAAUAAAUAAUGUUUGCGGAAAGACUGCAAACCCAGGGUCUUGCCACAAGUGCUUUAACGAGUACACCCGAAGCUCCGGCGAGGAUGUUAAGGCCUUGGGACGCACAUCCAUCGACUGUGCUAGUUCUCAGUCCCUAAAUGUCAUGAGUGACGUAGGUAACCAUGUGGCCACGGCCACAAAUAAAGAGAAGGAAGCAUACGUUGAUUGCUCGUUGAAGCUGCAAACUGGGGAUCAGAAAAUCGCGAGUGCACUCCAAAGCUGGCAGACUGGACAUUAUGUGGACGCUGGCAAUCUGCUGUUGGAUGCUCUGCAGGCUGCCCGUGAUUGUAGUGCUGGGCUGCAGAAGUUCAACCCCCCUCCAAGUGUUGGAGAUGGUCUAACUACACUUCAGGGUUUUUGUGAGGCAGCCAAUGGAGUUCUCAGACAAAUUCAUUAA